AUGGAAGACUUGUGUAAGAUUGGCGGUGUCCCUCUCUUAUUACGAUAUCUAUUACAAAACGAUCUCGUUCAUGGAGAUACAUUGACGGUAACGGGGAAGACGCUUGCAGAAAAUCUGGAUGAUGUCCCAGAUCUGACUUUCGAUCAGGAUAUCAUCCGACCACUAUCGGAUCCAAUCAAACCCAGCGGACACAUCCAGAUCCUUCGUGGGAAUCUGGCGCCCGAAGGGUCAGUGGCGAAGAUUACCGGAAAAGAAGGACUGAUAUUUGAAGGUGUUGCAAAAGUGUUUGACAGUGAAGAGUUGAUGUUGAGUGCGUUCGAGAAGGGAGAGAUUAAGAAAGGUCAGGUCAUUAUUAUUCGAUAUGAGGGCCCCAAAGGUGGACCUGGUAUGCCCGAGAUGUUAACACCCACAAGCGCUAUUAUGGGGGCUGGUCUUGGAAACGAUGUCGCACUAUUAACGGAUGGUCGUUUCUCCGGCGGAAGUCAUGGGUUUAUCAUCGGUCAUAUCACUCCCGAGGCACAGGUUGGCGGACCAAUUGCGCUUGUUCGUGACGGUGACAGAAUAUCAAUAGAUGCCACGAAUAAGACUAUUAAUGUUGAUAUUACAAAAGAAGAAUUUGUAAAGAGACGAGCUGCGUGGAACCCCCCGCCUUACAGAGCAACUCAAGGCACAUUGUAUAAAUAUAUAAAGAAUGUAAAAUCUGCAACUGAAGGUUGUGUGACAGAUGAAUAA